CGUGCUACACGGAAUGUGGCGACUAGAACUUCCGCACAUUUGUGUAAAGUUCUAUGUCGAAAACACACAGACAGUAACUUAGCACUGAGAACAUAAAACAGCAUCUCUUAUAGUGUAAAUGGGGUUGGGGAGCUGAGUCUUCCAACUUAUUUUUAACGUAUAACUUUGCACAAAAAGACAGCAUUUCAAGCUGCCACACUUCACACAGCACUUAAAGGUAUAGGAAAUCAGAGCUUUAAUGAACAGGAUUGUACGUGGAAAAAGUAAGUACACAAAAGAUAAUAGAAAUCUAAUGGAUCGACAGCCGCAUAUGACGUCUACGCCAAAGUUGACUUUAGUUGUUUACAAAAUGAGGUUUCAUCACCAGUAAGUCGGUUGGGGCCUAUGCAACUCCCCAAACAAGUAGGGUAGUCAACACCCUCAAACCCACUUCACUACCUAUCUUUAGGAUCGGAGUCGAUUUGGAAUAGUCUUUCAGUAUAAACCCUUAUUUAACGGGGAGUGAAUUGCACGUCGAGUAUUCCAAGAUUCCUACUUAAGGUGUACACAAAACUGCAUGUUGUCAGUUCCUUCACCCAUAAAGAUAAUGUCAUUUACCUAUUCCUCGCAUUUUUGCUUAUUAUUGUUCUUUCAAGUCCCUUUUUUCCUCUCUUAUCUUUCUUUGUAUGCUACACGCAGUGUGAUAACUCGAAUUGCUACACUUCUGUGCAAAGCCCUACGUUGAAAUCAGUCAGUCAGACACAAGACUGUUUCAUGGUAGCAAGUUAAUUCCUAAGUCUCUAAAGGUGAUUAGAGUCACCCAUUCAUGCAUAUAUGAUGAUAUUCAGCGAAAAAAUGGGGAUAUCGGUCACUCCUGAUUGUCAUGAUUCCAGAUGACAACUUUCCGUAAGCUCUUACGCGGCCCCAUGAGUUCGAGUAGUGUACCUCGGUUAGUGUACAGGGCCAUACAUUACCACAAUACCUCAGUCGACGGAUUCAAAUCCCGUGUUUAUGUCAAUAAGUAUGGUAUGUGUUGGGCUCAAAGGCUGAUGCGUGUUGUCGGCUAAACAACAAGAGGUGUUCAUAGUAUUUUCUGUGGGCAUUUAUUUGUGCGGGCUUUUCACUCUGCGGAAGAAAGAUUUGAAAAACUUUGGUUGUGAAAUUCGCACACUUCAUAUUACAGUUACUUUUUACUGCCUAGGUUAAGGUUCUCUAAUUACGUACAAAACUGUACAAGACCUGAUACCAAUCAAACUCAUGUAUUUGUCGUUUAGCUUUUGCAGUCACAUUCGAUAUAAUUACGCAUAUCAUUAGUUUUCACUCUGACAUUCCACGUUUGAUGCAUAUUUUUUUCUGUGCAUGCAAUACGCAAGAAUAAUUAUUUUCUUGACCACAAAAACUAAUUGGGAUUGGAAGCCUAUUUCACAUGGCUUUUGGUGGUGAGUAGAUUUAAUUGGACUUUACAUGUAUUACUGCAUGAGCUCCCAGUGACAAUCGCUUGUGUCAUUUGACUGAGGGUGAGACCUAUAAGCAUCAACCCCUAUUUGCGUUUUCCGUGUACACAUGCAUUGACUAGAGGUCGUUAGUGGUUCAGACUCAUUUACUGUUGAUCACACAGAUUUACUAAGCCCUCAUUAUUCUCCAUUUAGUUUUCCCUCCUAUCACGAAUUUCUAUUUACUGUAGUACCACUAAAUUUUUCAUUGUCUUUUUAUGCUUUUGUGAAGUCUGUUGACUUAGACUGCUGCACUUUUGUGCAGUUUUGCAUCGAAUAUUCACUUCAGGUCGAAUUCAAUAAGAAAAACAAAUUAAUAAUGACUAUGAAGUUUGUUUUAAAUAAGGGAGACAUUCAACAGUGGUCAUAUUACCAAGUAGAGUAGUUCUUAAUUAGGGAAACUAAGUCAAUUAGAAAGCUAUUUUAAGUAUUCUAGAAGAAUUACGCUCUUUUGAACUGUCAUCAUUCUUACUUGAUAUCACUGGUUAUUCUGUUAGAAGUCUGCCUUACUCAAACCACUCAGAAAUGAACUUAGCUAAACUUGCUCAAAGAGUGUUUGAUAAGGAAAGACGCAGUUUGAAUUCGAUGUUCUUAACGCAGUAUAUAAAUACGUGAAUGUUGUCAUCUGCCAUGUGUAUAUGGGUAUAGGAUUGAGACAUAUUAACUUUAGAUUUAAGGAUGUUGGGUAACAUUAUUGAACUGUUCAACAGUUUCAAGUAAAUAGAAAGUUGGAGUAUUGUUGUUCGCUUAAUUAGUUGAGGAGAUUAUAGAGAAAUUACUAACGAAGUUUCAAUAUGGAUGCAGAAGACCCUUCCGGUAUAUAUAUAUAUAUAUAUAUAUAUAAUACUGUCGUUGACAAAAUAUCUCACCGCAUAUCACACUAUGCUAUUUUAAAUACAAACUUAGUGUGUUAUGAGUAUCAAGAAAAGUACCUUUGAUAUUGCGUAUUAAAGGAUGUGUUAUGAUUAAUAUUCGUUUUGUUCCACCAUAUUUUGCGAGACAAGUUAUUCAUGAUGGAACAAAUGAAAAAGAUACAACAUAAUACAAACGCCUAACUAAAACUCAUCCAACAGGAACACAAGCUUACAACAGCUGCACAUGCACUGGACAAAAGCUACAAUAUCCAUUUUAACAAUAUCUGUAUUCUAACAACUAAUAUUAACAAAUAAAAUGACUUAUAGCACAACCUAUAUUCAUUAAGGUCACACCGGAUACAUGUAUACAAGGGUGACUCAUAAUAACUGUCAACAUCCUAAAAUAUAAUUCUGAAUACACAAAAAUGAAUGGACAGAAAAUGAACUAUGUGUGUAUGAGUACAAAUCAUAAAUGUGUUAUUUAAAAAACAAUUUAAAACAAUUCCAACAGUUGGUGUGAACACGGGCAGUAAUUUUGCUGGAAAUAUUACCAAAAACAAAAACUUAUCAUUGUGUGUAAACCAUUGAAAUAAAUUUCAUUUGAUUCUAACCGAAGUUGUGUUCAUGACAUUGAUUGUUUGUUGUGAAACCACAAAUGUGAGAUGUUAAACAAAAAGUCCUGAUCAGCAGAAGGAAAUGUGGGCUCGUGGUAAAUGUGAAGACUGGAAUAUUCCAUAUCACCAUGCAUUCAGAAGUAUUAGGAUGAUAUCAAGGGUGGGUGAAAUAACGGGGUAUAUCUAUAAAUGAAUUCUUUAACUGCUGAUAUGAGCUAUACAGGAAAGUGCAGGCAUAAUUAUUCAGUUUCCAUGUCUAUAAGUCAGGUAUAAAUCUUCAAGUGCAACAACCAAUAGAUCGUAAUAUUUAGUUACCAUAAUCCAGAUAUCUUCAGAGUGCUGCAAAUCCAAGGACUUUUUAUCACUUAUACUUUAAACAGUCACCAGUCUUCAUUCUCACAUCUGUGCAUUAUUUUGUUAGCUUAUUUAUUUUCAUUGUUAUUUAACUCAUAUGCCAAACUGUAUUUUAAUCUAUAGAUCUGGAAUAAUUUACUCGGAUUGCACUGUUUGGAAAUCCAAUAUGUAAACCUUUAACCCACACCGUACUUUACUGGAAGAGGAUAGUUCAGUUUUUGUUUUUGUGAUUACAGCAUGAUUUGUGAUACCUGUCAUCUAGGUAUCUGUAACAGAAGUUCAUAUCAAUUUCAUUAAUGUUUUGGUCACUAACCGCUAAUUCACUCCAUAAAUUCUAUUUUCUUCUAACUCAUUGUUACUUUAAAAUUCCUACUCGAUGAUUUUGUUGUGAACUAGUUAUAACUCAAAAAUGUUAAUUCAAGCUUAUAUAAUUCCAGAUAGCGUCACCAUUGUAAUUAAUUGCUUUGAAUUUAUGUUUUGCAGAUCUUUCUGAAGAAAAUAUUGGGGCAUCUGGGAAACCAUGCAAACCUCCCACUGAUCCAGUGUACAAGCCAACCCCUAUCAGUAUUUUGGAAAAACGUACUAAUAAUACAACAGACCACUUAAAUGUCGAGUAUUCUAAAAGUCUUGACUAUCCACGGUCUGUUUUUGAAGAAACGAUCCCCAUUUACCAGCCAACUCCGAUAAGUGAACUGGAAAGAUACGCACCCAAUUCACUAUCAGACUAUGGAUUGACAAACGGUCCCAUUACUCAAGACCAACCAUCUUAUUCUCCUGUAGUGAAAAUCAAAUCGUUGAGAGCUCCGUCUGUCCCAUUUUUGUAUCAGCCAUCGUCAGCAUUGUCACAGUCGUCCGCUUUUUCCUACACUAGUGAAAUUAUUGAUAUUAAACUUGAUUCAGAUGGUGAUGACGCUGUUCCAGUUGUUACUAAAAGUGAAUCUGAUGUAUCGGUCAAACCUAUGGCUUGCGAUAUCCAAAAUUUGCAAGACAAUCAACUUACGAAUCACCAGUUACCAGUUCGUAAAAGAAAGUUAAAGCGUAAGAUAAACUACAGUAAAAGUAAGGAAACAAAUGUUGCAGAUGUAGAAAGAAGUACAGGCACUAAUGAUAAAAGGUCUUCUGAUGGCUCAAACAAAGAUCAUGACGGUGAUGGUGACGACGAUGAUGAUGAUGAUGAUAAAAGUACACUUGCUAAGCGUCAGAAGAUUCUAUCACUUUACCAAGACUUAUACGGCGACACGGAUAACAACAACCUUGAUGAUAAAAAUAUGACUAAGAAUUCCGUAAAAUCUUCUCCACUUAUCCCACCUUAUAUGGGUCCUCUUAUAAAGAAACCGGAUACUGCAAAUACGGAUAAAAAGUGUGACAGUUCCAGUGUUUCAGGAAGUGUACAAAUUGAGAAUAUUGUCAGACCUCGUGUUCCACUUCGUAAAAGUGACAAAAUUCCUAUGCCAAUCAGAACUCGUUAUUUAGAUCAAUUUAUCGAAGAGUGCUUGGUCAUAUAUGAUUGUCCUAGUGAUGCAUACAAACGCGCCCUCGAAGAUGAACAAUCGUGUCAUGAUAAGGCAACAAGUCGUAUGGCCUAUUUAAAUGCUGUAAUCCAACAAUUGAAAUCUUUAAAAGCAGAGAAAACAUCUGUACAACUAGGUGAAAAACGGAAACUGUCAUCGAACACGACUACACGUCCGUCGAGUAGUUCCACUUUGAAUUCACGAUCUGCUGAUUCAAACAAUAAAAAGGAUGAUGCUGAGGAAAAACUUGACCGUUUGGUUAGAGGUCCUCUUCUAUACAAUCAGCUGACUACAUAUCUAUUGUCAGAAGAAGAUCUACAGACUAAUGGUUAUCCUCGUGAAUUGACAGAAAAUAAUACAGUUGUUCGGGGAAAGGCAGCUUUAUUUAUACCACAAAACAAACAGCAGUUGUAUGGCACUUGUAAAUCUAAUGAACGAGUUUGUUGCCGAUGUGGUACUCGAUUUCUAGUUGAUGAAUUUGGACACUCUCUAACUAAAGGUGAAUGUAUCUAUCAUUGGGGUAAAGCUGUUAAGCAGAAAAGUUUUGGACGAGGAAUAGAUCUUCGUUAUUUAUGCUGUAAUGGUGAUAUAGGUCAACCAGGUUGUCAGAUCUGUCCAAAAGGUCAUGUACAUGAUGCUAAUAAAUGGUUGGAUAAUGAAGGCUUUGUUGUUACAUUACCACCUCUUCCCAAGUCACCUAUAUGUGAAGAUGAUGAAGAUGCCUGUAAUAAUGUAUAUGCUUUAGACUGUGAGAUGGUUUAUACAACUGGCGGCUGUGAAUUAGCAAGAAUUACUAUUGUCAAUUCAAAACUUCAAACUGUACUAGAUGAAGUUGUAUGUCCUGAUAAUCCUGUAAUUGAUUGUAAUUCACGAUUUUCCGGAUUAAGAGAAGAAGAUAUUGAAAAGGCCAAGUAUCACAUAACUGAUAUUCAAGCAAAACUAUUACAUUUAUUCGAUUCGGAUACAAUUUUAAUCGGUCAUAGUUUAGAAAGUGAUUUGACUGCCCUUAAAUUGAUACAUAACAAAAUUGUGGAUACUUCUAUUAUGUUUCCACAUCGUUUGGGAUUGCCAAAUAAACGAGCUUUACGUAAUUUAGUUAGCGAAAUUUUACAACAAAUUAUACAACAAGAUGAGAGUGGACACAAUAGUAUGGAGGAUGCUGUUGCGUGUAUGAAACUUGUGCAUUACAAAGUGAAAGAAGAUCUACGUCGUGGAAAGUGGACUUUUUCCUAGUAUACCCUUUUUAUCAUUUGUACACAAUCAAUAUUUGCAUGCUUUUUCUUUGUUGCAAUUAAUGUAAUUUUAAAAGGAAAUGAAAUAGUUUCUCUUCACGUUUCUCUUUGUUUGUGACUAUAAUUUCGUUAUAAAAACAAUGACAAUUUUGAAGAGGAGAACCAAAACAAACAAAAAAUUCACAUAUCAGAUAAUUGUACCUACAUCUCUGAACUGAAUUAGUUUAGUUCUAGCAUUUGAUGACUUAUUAUUUCUUUUCUUUUCUUUCAGUAAUAUUCAUUGAAUUAAUGAAAUUGUAACUACAGUGACUUGUCUAUCUUUUAUCUUGACUUAUAUAUUUUUUGUGACGAGCCCUUUGGUUUUAUGCUUGGGGUGAUGCUUUUAUUUCAACUUCAAUUUGACUAUUGAUUUGAAUUAAUUUGAUCAUGUCUUACAUUGUUUCUCAGUUGAAUUAGUUAAAUGUAUAAUUAAAUAAACCUAAUGGUUCCAG